AGAGGAGCUACGCCGCCGCGCGCCAUGGCACAGGCUGCUGUCGGCAGCGCCGACGGCACUGAGGCGCCGCUGCUUCCUUCGUCGGCGGCGGAGACGCCGCCGCCUGCACCGCGCCGGAACUGGUUCGCCUUCGCCUGCGCCACGCUCGCCUCCGUCACCACCAUGCUAAAUGGCUACAACCUCACGCUGAUGAGCGGCGCGGAGCUGUUCAUGCGGGAGGACGUGGGGCUCACCGACGCCCAGGUCGAGGUGCUGUCGGGGUCCAUGAACUUCUUCAUGCUCGCGUCCAUCCUCGCCGCCGGCGGGGUGGCCGACUACCUUGGCCGCCGCCGCACCCUCGUGCUCGCCAACGCCUUCCUCAUGGCCGGCGCGCUCGCCAUGUCGCUGAGCCACAGCUUCGCCGCGCUCAUGGCGGCGCGCUUCGUCACCAGCGUCGGCGCCGGGUUCGCCCGCGUCGUCGGCCCCGUUUACAACGCCGAGAUAUCGCCGGCGUCCACGCGCGGCGUCCUCUCAUCCAUGCUUGACAUGUUCAUCAACGUCGGCAUCCUGCUCAGCUACGUGUCCAACUACGCGUUCUCCGGCCUGCCGGUGCACCUCGGGUGGCGUGUCAUGUUCGGGAUCGGCGUCAUCCCGCCCGUGUUCAUCGUCGCCGGUGUGCUCUUCGUCAUGCCGGAGUCACCGCGGUGGCUUGUCAUGCAGGGCCGCCACGGCGACGCGCGCGCGGUGCUCUUGCGCACGUCGGACGCCCCAGCUGAUGCCGACCUCCGUCUCGGGGAGAUGAAGCGAGCCGACGCCGACGCCGAGCCACCACACGCUGCCGCACGCCACGGCGGCGGCGGUGCUGGUGGUGGUGUCUGGAAGCAGCUUCUCGUCCGGCCAUCGACAAGCGUGCGGCGGAUCCUGACGUGCGUUCUCGGGCUACAGUUCUUCGUGAUGGCGUCCGGCGUCGACGCCAUCCUCCUCUACAGCCCGCUGGUUUUCAAGGCGGUCGGCAUGGUGUCCAACUCCACCGACCUCGGCGCCACCGUCGCCAUCGGAGCGGUCAAGACGUGCUUCAUCCUCUUGGGCAUGCUCUUCACCGACCGCCUCGGCCGGCGCCCGCUCCUCCUCGCCAGCACUGCGGGCGUCGCCGUGACCACGGCCGCCCUCGCCGUGACGCUGUACAUAGGCACGAGCACGACGUCGUCGUCUUCAUCGUCGUCAACGGCGACUGCGGCGGCGUGCCUGGCGUUGGUGCUGGCCGUCGUGGCCACGUUCUCCGUCGGCUACGGGACGGUGGCGCCGGCAUACACCGCGGAGGUCUUGCCGAUGCGGCUACGCGCACAGGGCUCGAGCCUCGCCAUGGCGGUGAACAAGCUCACAGCCGCGUUGGUGAGCAUGACGUUCAUCUCGCUCGCCGACGUGAUCACCAUGCCUGGGUGCUUCUUCCUCUACGCGGCGGUGACGGCGGCUGCGUUUGUGUUCGUGUACACGAGGCUGCCGGAGACCAAGGGCCGGAGCUUGGAGGACAUGGAAGUGCUCUUCCACAAGUGAGAGCGCAGCCACAUAUAGUUUGCUAUUUCGAUCUGUCUGUUAGAUCAUCAAUAGU